CUAUAAAUAUGGUGUGUACCCAACACAUUAAAUUAAUUCAUCAUCCACACACAUCCAAGAAAUAACAUAUAUAAUCUACAAUAAUAUAUAUACAUACACACACAAUAUAUAUAUAGUGGCAAUUAAGUAAGUAAAAUGUUGUCAUCAACAACAGAUCUGCAGCCACUGGUAAUUAGCAAAGUGAUUGAUGAAGUAGUUGAUAACUUCACCACGACUGUGAAAAUGUCUGUGAUGUACAAGUCAAACCAGCGGGUCAACAAUGGCCAUGAACUCUUCCCUUCCACACUCACCUCUAAACCUAGGGUUGUGGUUCAUGGUGGUGAUAUGAAAACAUUUUAUACCCUGGUAAUUAACGACCCCGAUGCACCUGGUCCAAGUGAUCCAUACCUGAGGGAGCACUUGCACUGGAUAAUCACAGAUAUUCCAGGCACAACUGAUUCCUCAUACGGGAAAGAAGUAGUGAGCUACGAAAUGCCGAGGCCAAACAUAGGGAUACAUAGAAUCGUGUUUGUGUUGUUCAAGCAGAAGAAGAAGCGACUUUGCCACGUCAUCACUCCACCACCAUGCAGGGAUGGUUUUAAGACAAGAUUAUUUGCUGACCAAUACGAGUUAGGCUUACCAGUUGCCGCCGUCUUCUUUAACUGCCAGCGCGAAUCCGCCGCCAGGAGGCGCUGAUAUAUGAUCAUGGAAUAUUCCGUUUUGCAUGUAGAUUCUCCGUCAGCCUUUUCCAAUAAGGAUGUUUGUACCUAUUAAUUAAUUAAAUUAAUUAAAUAUGGGUAAAAUUCAACUGUUAUCUCUGACUGGAGACCAAUCCCCAAGCAUACAUUACUUGUCAUAGAUACAGUUGAAUAAGUACUACUUGUACUGCAUCUGUUAGAGAGCAUAAAAAAAAUCUGCCA